UUACACUAUAUUUUGCAUGCAAUAUUACUUUUUAAUGCACUGCAUUUAUCUGUCAUUUUAUAUACUUGUUUAUUAUUAUUUCCAACAGUAAAUUGGGUAAUUAGAAUGAGCUCCACCUUAACCCGCUGCAUUAUACUGUAUGUGAUGCCUUCACACGCAUCAAUUAUAAUAUCACUACCAUAAUUAGUUACUUUGUAAAUCAGGAAAAUUAAAAAUAAAUUACUUCAGAAUAAGCCAAAGGGGCACAUGCACUAUGCUGGUCUCACUAUUGUAAGAGAUUCUAAAUUAUAAAAAAAAUAUUUUUAAAAAAGCACAAAAUUCAAACAUCUGUGAAAUGUUUUUGCAGGAAAAGUGAAGAUUAUAAUUGUUUUUUUCUGUGGUUUAUGUACAUUUUGAUUACAAUACUCUUUGUACAUAUACUUUUGCUAUUGAACAGAGUAUUUUCACAUUGUGAUAUUACUACUUUAAGGCCUGCCUCAGUUAAAGAUCUGAGUACUUGUAUGAAAACAUGACAUGGAUGAGCAUCCUCAACACUUUCUCUCUUUUCCCCCUCAGAUGCUUUGCUGGCUCGGCCUGCUCAGCCUGAGCCUUCCUCUCUUGUUCUGGUUUGGACAUGUGAUCACGCGGGAUGGUCAGACGGCCAUCCUGCAGGGCAGCGUGCUCCAGGGCUACAGGAGGAUUGGCCCCAGCCAGAAGGACCAGUUCCUGUACAUGCACUGCAGCCAGUGUGCCUUGGUCUCCAGCUCGGGUCAGAUGAUCGGAGCCGGCGCUGGAGAAGAGAUCGACAAAGUGGCCUGUGUGAUCCGGAUGAACAAUGCACCCACGGGGGGCUACGAGAGAGACGUGGGGAGUCGCACCAGUGUCCGGGUCGUCUCUCACACCAGUGUGCCCCUGCUGGUAAAAAAAGAGCACUACUAUUUCCAGCAGUCAGCCGACACCACGUACGUGUUCUGGGGUCCUGAGAGGAACAUGAGGGAGGACGGGAAAGGAAGGGUCUUCAAUUCUCUGCUGAAGAUGGCCGAGAAGUAUCCAAAAGUCAAACUGUACGUUGUGACCAAAGAAAAGAUGCAGUACUGCGACAGUGUGUUUCAGAAUGAAACCGGGAAAAACAGAAUGAAGACCGGGGCGUUUCUCAGCACCGGAUUCUUCACCAUGAUCCUGGCUUUAGAUAUGUGUGACAGCAUCCAUGUUUAUGGAAUGAUCGAUAACAACUACUGCAGUCAAGCCAAUCACAGCGCUGUUCCUUACCAUUACUAUGAGAGAAACCGAGUGGAUGAGUGUCGGAUGUACAAGGUCCACGAGAACACGCAGCGGGGGGGUCAUCGCUUCAUCACCGAGAAAGCCAUCUAUGCCAAAUGGGCAACACGACACAAAAUGGAGUUUAAACACCCCUCCUGGAGCCUCUGAAAGAGGUCUUAAAAAUGAAUUUUGCUGGCUUUUAAUUUCUGUUGCUGAAGAUAUUUUUGUUAAUUUUGGACUCCAGAUUACAUUUCAAAUGUUACUUUUUUCCAUGUUUAAGUAGGAAUAGCUCCUACUUGAUACAAGUAUUAGCCAUAAAUAUGAAAUAAUGGUCAACAUGUACCAGCAUUCAACUGGUAACCCACUCUCAGUAUUACUUAUUUAUAGCCAUAUAUCAGUAUAGAUGCUGAUAGAAAAAACUAAGCCACUUAACUAAAUACUAAAACCAGUUCAUACCAAAGCUUACAGUUUUCAUUUGGUCAUACCUGUGCCUUGACUUUUUAUUUCAUUUUGCACAAUGCUUUUUUUAUGCUGCAGCUUCAAUUUGCACCUCUACUCUGUGAAACAGGAAGUGUAUUGUUUAGGGCUGCAGCUUUUGACUCAUUUGGCACUUAUUAUCUCAAUUAAUUACAUUUUUGUUGUACCAGAGCUCUAGACUUGUUUUUGGUCAAUUUACAGUCAUAAAAGACAAAGAACACCAGAGAACAAUGAUAGAGAGUUUGCCUAACUAAUGAUUUCAAUGAUUAUUGAAUCACAAAUUAUUCACUAACAUUAUUCAGGGUUUGACAAGUUUAGAAAUAGCUGAAUUUCCAGGUUCUGUAUUUAAAGGCAAGGAAUAUGCUUGAAUUUGAAUUUACUUUUUGAAAAAAGGGUGGAUUUUAAACUUAAUCUGGUGUUUCAACUGCACGAUGAGUUGUGUAAAUCGUAAUGUUACGUUUGAAAUUCUGAAUUUAAAGAAGAAUUCUGUAAACUUGCAUUUUUUGUAAUGUAAACAUGAUAACGGCUUUUAGAGUCUGAAAAAAUGUUGGUUUUGGUACCUUGAAGGUACACCCAGUUUCAGUGUUUUAAGGCUUUAAGUUGUAAGCUUUUAAUUUACCUUGCAUUUUGUGAGCAGUGUCUAGAUAUUUCCACAGUGCCGUUUAACACAAGGAGAGAUUUUGCAGUUACCACUGGUGACAGGAAGCAGCGGCUCUAUGUAAAUGUGAAGGGCAGACAGUAUUACAUGUUCCUGCCGAGGUUACUCUUCACAGACAGUAUACAACAAAAGGCCAACAAACAGUAUUAAAUGCAGGAUAAUACACACAAACAGACUUUGUGCUUAGUGUGUAUUAUCUGUGUUUCAGGGGUAUGGAGACCCAGGCUAGUGUCUUUUUAAACUUUGAAUGUAAUUGGUCCACUACCAUUAACACAACAUGAGUAACAUCCUUUAUAUAUUCCGCUGCUUGUUUACUGUGAAAACAAGGCUGCCUUUUCAGUCACAUAAUGCUCAUUUUGUGACUAAUUCCAAAGACUGUAAUAAUACUACUGAGCAAACUACUGUGUCAAAGUGUUUUCCUGUAAUGUACAUUUCAGACAGGAGUUGUUUGAAUUAAAGCGUAUUGUUAAUGAUUUUAUGUUAAGCAAACUUGUGUUGUGAAAUGUACAAAGUACAAACUUGAAUGUAAACUAAACCACUGGUUACUGCAGAUAUGAGUGUCAAUGUGUGUGAGCUUGACAUUUUUAAUUGCACAUGUGAGUGUUUUCACUGAUAAGACCCUGUAGGGUCAACACCUUCUUAAAGUCUGUUUAAAAUAUAACCCUUGUUAUCUGAACAUAUUCUAUCCAGCAAGAAUAGGUAGUCAUGUAUUUUUCAACAAUAAAAAAGGGGGUUUGAUAGAAUAAUUAAAUGAUUUUGUAUUACAGUUUUUUCUUUAUGUACAAUUUGCCAAAAUAUUGUGAUUAAUUUUCUAAUUCUGAUGCAAACCAAGGGUUUAAUAGAUGUUUGGAAAUUAAUGUUAAUAUUCUAAGCCUAAAUACACACACAUACAGGCUAAAGACAUAUUUAUAUAUUCUAAAGGUCAUGAUGGGAAAGAACUUUUUUUUUCAAGUAGUUCAUUUUUAUUAAUAGGGAAAUUCAACACCCAUAACAAUAUAUGGACUUCAAACCAAAUGUUGGAAUACAUCAUAAUGGCACCACAAAUACAAAAAAAUAUAUAUAUGAAAAGGAAAACAAUAUUUUAAAACAAUGUCAAUAAAAACAAUUCCUUUUCAUCUGUAUGACCUUCUAUUCGAUUUUUUUCUCGUAAUUUGGUUUUAAAUAUUUGUUUAAUUAUUCCGUGUACAAUUAAUGUCAACAGUUAGAUAAUAAUAAAAAAAUAAACAACACUUUUUAUUUA